GGGCGUGGGGCGCGCGAUGCGCUCGGAGAAGGAGCGGGCCGGAGGCCUGGGUGCCGCCGUUGCUAUGCGGGGCCCAGGUGGAGGGGAGAAACUGUCGGCUGCGGAGGUCCAGGUCCGCCGUGAGUCGCCGCGGCGGGAACCUGGUACUCCGCCACCCUUGUCCUCUGGCUGUGGGAGCGGGGCAGGCAAACCUCGCGAGGAGAAGAGGACUGCGUUGAGCAAGGUCGUCCUCCGGCGGCUUCCUCCCGGUCUCACCAAAGAGCAGCUGGAGGAGCAGCUGCGCCCGCUGCCCGCGCACGAUUACUUCGAGGUGGUCGCCGCAGACCUCAGUCUCUAUCCUCAUCUCUACUCAAGAGCAUACAUUAAUUUUAGGAAUCCUGAUGAUAUUCUUCUGUUCAGAGAUCGUUUUGAUGGAUAUAUCUUCAUUGGCAAUAAAGGCCUUGAGUAUCCUGCAGUGGUGGAGUUUGCCCCAUUCCAGAAGAUAGCCAAAAAGAAGCUGAAGAAAAAGGACACCAAGACUGGAAGCAUCGAAGAUGAUCCAGAAUACAAGCAGUUUUUAGAAUCUUACAGUGUGGAGGAAGAGAAAACCAGUGCCAGUCCUGAGAUUCUUCUAGGGGAGAUAGAAGCAAAGACAAGAGAACUCAUUGCUAGAAGAACCACACCUCUUUUGGAAUAUAUUAAAAAUAGAAAAUUAGAAAAGCAGAGAAUUCGAGAAGAAAAGCGAGAAGAACGGAGGAGGAGGGAAUUAGAGAAGAAACGCUUGCGGGAAGAAGAAAAACGAAAAAGAAAAGAAGAAGAAAGAUGCAGAAGAACAGAAGCAGAUAACCAAAAGAAAACAGAGAAAGAAGUAAGGAUUAAGCUUCUUAAGAAACCAGAAAAGGGAGAGGACCCAACCACAGAGAAACCAAAAGCAAGACUUCAGGAAGUUGGUAUUGGAGAUGAAAAGCUGGAACCACUCCUGCGCCGCCCUGAAAGCCUGGCCUGUGGAGAGCCUGCAGAGGUGCCCAGGAGAAGGGAGCAUGCCCUUGUUUCUACGACCUUUUUGCAUAAUCAGGCGUCAAUAUGAGUGUAUAGACCUCAUGUUAGUCUUGGACUCUGGUUAUUAUCAAGGGUAUGCUGGCACAUUUGGUUUUAAACCCAUUGGUCAUGCCAGGACCUUAGAAAAUGUUGAGUUUGCAGUCACAUCUGUCUUCAAAUCAGGAAAAUCCCCUCUGUUAUCUACUUAACUGUUGCUUUUCUGUCCUCUCCCUUUUCCUUUGUGAGAAUUCCCUGUCCCAGCUCCCCUUCCUGCACUGAGGUCUCUAGAGUCUGCCUUCCUGGUCUCUUCCUGCAUGAUAAUUUCAGGUUUGUCAUUUUCCUCUCUGUCUUGAGAUUUUGUACCCAUUUGCUUUUAUGGCCCUCCUGGAGU